AUGGGGUUCGGCAACUUCGCAUCGAUCUGCUCUAAGACUCCGCUGCCAUUGUGCUCGGUGGUCAAAUCAUCUACACAUUUAGUCCUCGCGAAUGAGCAAACCGUACACGAUUUCGAUCCCAAGGGCCUCACAAUGGGCAUUUUGCCCCGGUGUUAUGCGCGCUCGAUCGAUGUGGCAAACACGGUCGUUUUUCAAAUUGGCAACGCGUUUGUUAAUAUUGGUGCAUUGGGCGUAAUUCUGUUCAUGAUCUAUUCCACGCGCCGGAAAUACACUGCAAUUGGCAGAUCUGAGUAUAGCUUUCUGUUCGAGCUGUGUUUGGGGCUUAUAGUGUUUACUCUAGUGGUUGACUGUGGGGUAUCUCCACCAGGCUCGUUGUCAUAUCCCUAUUUCGUGGCCGUUCAGAUAGCAUUCGCGGGCGCUUGCUGCUGGACGAUGGCUGUUGUUGGAUUUUUGGGUUUCCGGUUUUGGGAAGACGGCACGCACAAAUCGAUGGCCUUGACGAGGGGCUCUGCUUUCCUCGGCUUUGUGAUCAACUUUCUCGUCGCCAUUUUUUCGUUCGAAGCCUGGAAAUCCUCUUCCACGUUCACAAACUCCAAUACAAUGGGUCUUUUCGUUGUCAUGUAUGUGCUGAACGCUCUGGCCAUAUUGUGUUACAUUAUCUGCCAGCUGCUGGUAUCAUUAUUUGUGAUCACCAACUAUUGGGCUGCAGGUGCUGUGCUCCUCGGCGUUUUCUUCCUGUUCGCCGGUCAACUAAUCAUCUAUGCAUUUUCCGCUGCCAUUUGCACGGGUGUGAAGCACUACAUCGACGGGCUCUUUUUUGGAAGUCUAUGCAACAUUUUUGCCCUGAUGAUGGUGUAUAAGACUUGGGACAUGACUACGGACGACGACCUCGAAUUCAGCGUUAGUGUCCACAAAGGCAACAACCACGAGGUAAACCAUAUGCUGAGCUACAAUUUCUGA